CCCAUCUGCUUGUGGUAAACAGAGUUCCUGAGUGAGGCGACAUUUGAACGAACAGAGCAGAAGAAAAUAUUUUACGUGUUGCCAUAGUGAUAUCAUUCAGAAUGGCUUCUCUUCUUCUGCUGUUCUUUCUGCUCAUGAUUCACAGGGUUUCUGGUGCUGAUUGGGGUGUGAGUUACAGUCAUUCAGACAUCUGUGCACUAAAGGGGUCAACAGUGACAAUCUACUGCACUUAUACAUACCCUACUGGACAUCAGAUCCAGGAAAUGUUCUGGACCACAGGACCAAAAAUGCAUAGUGAAAAAAUUCCAGAUCUGUCUAAGGACCCUGAAUACAGUCAGAGGCUUCAGUAUCUUGGAGAUAAACAGCAUAACUGCACCUUUAGACUGAGUCAUGUGUCACAGAAGGAUUCACACAUGUACUAUUUCAGAUUCAUAACCGAUAUAGAUAAAUGGACCGGUUAUCCAGGAGUGAAUCUUACUGUCACAGAUCUUCAGGUGGAGUCUCCUGAGACAGUGAAAGAGGGAGAUUCAGUCCGUCUGACAUGUAAAAGCAGCUGCGCUCUGACUGACAGAGCAACAUUCAUCUGGUACAGAAACUCACAGCCAUUAACUGAGAUAGGAGACAGAAACAAUCAACUCCUGCUGCAGUCAGUCAGAAGAGAGGAUGCAGGCAGAUACAGCUGUGCUCUACAGGGACACAAACUCACAUCAGCACUCUCUGCUUAUCUCAGUGUUAUGUAUCCUCCAAAGCACACAUUUGUAGCAGUGAGUCCAUGUUGUGAACUAGUAGAGGGUAAUUCAGUGACUCUGAGCUGCAACUGUGAUUCAUAUCCUCCUGCUCUGAACUUCAGCUGGUUUAAAGGAGGAACAUUUGUAGGAUCUGGAAGAAUCUACAGCAUCUCAAAGAUCAGCUCUAAUCACAGUGGAGAAUACAAGUGCAAGUCCGUUACUGAACAUGGAGAGGCAUACUCUGAUGCUGUGACUUUAAAUAUCAUGUGUGUAGGAUGUCCUGUGAUAUUGUACAUAUUCAUUGGAGUGUUUAUUGGAGCUGCAGUUGUUAUAAUGGUGGUCCUGGUUUGGGUGAAAAAGAGAAAAGACGCACAGGAGUCUCAGAUGAACCUGUCCAGACCUAAUCACAACAUAUGUCAAACAUCUGAUGUGAAGAUUAUGGAUACUGUAUAUGAAAAUGAAAUGGCAAAGCAGGAUGAAGAAGAGAAAAGACACACAGGAGUCUCAGCAAAGAUGAAUCAGUCUAAAACUUAUCACAACAUAUAUCAAACUUCGGAUGAGAAGUUGCCCGAAUCAGUAUAUGAAGAUGUAACGCCGAUGACAUAGUAUUUGGGACACACAGAAGUGAAGUGCUGAAAAGAUGGGGGAGAAGUUGAACACGUGCGUGUGAGCUAUUUUAUACAGAGAUCAAGGCAAAUGGAUGGGAAAAAAUAUCAUGAAUUGAUAAAAAGUGUUUUUCAUUUACAUUUUGUUUAAUAUAUUUUGUUUACUUCAUUUAUAUGAGUUACGGUGUUUCACACUUUUGUCUCAUUGUCCAUUUAGUCUUCUCUCAUUCAAAGCUUCAGAAUGAAAUAAUAAUGACAACCUACAAUUCUUUAUACUGGUCAAUUUUGAAUGAAAACAACACAGUAGUAUAUAUGUGUAUAUGUACAUGUAGUAGUAUAUGUGUGUGUGUGUGUGUGUGUGUGUGUGUGUAGAGUUUAAAUCAGAUGAAUAGCAUUUCUUGAAAUAUAGAAACAUACUACACAA